AUGUCAUCACUUGUUGCGCUGCGACCAGGCGAGAUUCAAGCGACUUUGCCUGUCGCGCGUGCAUCGCCCAUUGUCGCCAAGAUGCAAGGCUCAACCCCUCAGCUCAUGAAUGCCGAGGCGUCGGUCAGGGACUCACUAGAAGGCAAGGAGUCCAGGGAAAAAAGCGACCAUGAACAGGACGCGGAAGGUGAUUUGGAACUCAAGAAUGGAGGUUCAUCCAACGAAGAUGAAUCUGGGCCACAUAGAAAGAGGCGACGAAGUCGCAAGGGCCUUGACAAAAAGUUUGAAUGCCCAACCCCAAACUGUGGCAAAAGUUAUUCUCGAGCCGAACAUCUAUACCGCCAUCAACUUAACCACGAGCCAAAACAUAUCUACAAAUGUACACAUCCCGGCUGCACGCGCGAGUUUGUCCGUCAGGAUUUGCGAAAUCGUCACAUGGACCGGCAUACUGCAAAGGGUUCGGCUUUGAGCAGGAAAGACUCCAUGACCAUGUCUUCUAUACCAUCUGGAUCUCUUUCACCCGAAACCAACCGUUCAGGCGCAGGAUUUCCCAAGCCGAAUGCAGGCCCCGGAGCUAGUCCUUAUACACCCAUUACAGCAACCCCUCCUAUAUAUCCUCAUGGCAACCCCCCUUCAGGGAUGGACAACUACCUACCCUCAGACAACAGUUAUGGAAACGGCAUCAAUCAAAGGCACUCCCAUCAAUCUCCCUCGGCCCAUCCACGACCAGCUCUGCAAACUAACGUGGGCCCCUAUGGCGUAUUGUCACCUGGCUCUACCCAACAUGGAAGCUAUCAUAACCAACAAACAAAUACACCCCAGUCAACACCCACAGGACCUUAUGUCGCACAGAAUAAUUUCCCCCCAUUCACCUUACCUCCAUCUGAUUUUUCUACGGCAUCAUCUUCUGGUGCAGCAGGAGAAGCCAGCCAGUCAUAUACUCCUGCUACCAAUAGCGAGUAUACUGAUCCCUCUCAUGCUCAGGCCUCUGGAGAAAUGAUGCUCUUGGACCAAAUGGCAAGCCAAACCACGAUACCAAUGUUUGGGCCAGACGGGGGUCUGAACAAGUCUCCGUACAUUACAAUACCUGAAGACUUCAUCACCUACCUUUUCAACACAAACAACCCUGAUGGAUCGCCUUCAGUGGGCCAUGUAAUGGCUCCUGGUCAAUACUCUCACUAUGGGGAUUUCCAGUCACAGUACAGUGUACCCUAUUAUGCGAAUGAGGGUACGCCACUAGGCUACUUUCCCGCGUCAAACCAGCCGCAGCAGGUCAUGUCAGUGACAAAUCUCCUUGACCAGAAUCUGCCAGAGUCUCUUCUUUCCGAGGAGAAGAGCCAGGAGAUAUUCGACUUCAUCAAGGAACGUUUCCACGAGAAAGAACAGGCGCCAGUUGAAAGACAACGCGAUACCAUGCUUGACGGCGAUCGCAGUGAUGAGCACCACAUGCUGAGUCGCAAAAUGAUGCAAGCAUACAUCAGUUCCUACUGGGUACACUUUAGUGAUCAGAUUCCAAUUCUGCACAAACCAACAUUCUCUCCCGACAAGAUCCCCACUCUACUUCUCCUGGCCGUCAUGGCGAUUGGCGCCUCCUGUCUUGAUAGAACCCAUGGAAAUCCGGUCAUGAGAGCCGGUGCCCAGCUGUCGAAUUUUCUGGCUUGGCAUGUUCGAUGGGAAAUCUUCAUGGAUGCAAAUAGCCGGCCUCCAGCAAAGCUUUGGAUUUUCCAGGCAUUGUUACUACUGGAGCUGUACGAAAAGAUGUACUCGACGCGAGAAUUGCACGAGCGCGCUCACAUUCACCACGCGACGACCAUCACUUUGAUGCGUAGAGGAAGGUCAUUGAUAGGCAAAUCUGCCAUCGAUUCUCCUCCAAACCCGCGGGAUGAUAAGAAUGGCUCGAGACACUCUUCUACUUCUGGUGUGGCAAACACGCCUGAUGAGUGGUGGAACCACUGGAUCACCAAUGAAUCAACUCGCCGGGUAGCGUAUGCCGCGUUCCUCAUCGACUCGAUCCAUGCGACCAUGUUUGGACACUCCACUGUCAUGGUAGCACAUGAAAUGCGACUACCGCUGCCGUGCGAUGACCAGCUUUGGAAGGCCGGUAGUGGCGCAGAGGUUGGACGAACAGAGGCAAAUCUGAUGUCAAAUGGGAUCAAGCCCAUAUCAUUCUUGGAAGGCCUGAAGCGCACACUGAACGGGCAGGAGGUGCGGACCAAUUCCUUUGGAAGACAGGUUCUCAUGGCAGGUUUACUAAGUGUGAGCUGGCAUAUGAACCAACGGGAUCUUCAAGUGACUUCUCUUGGUGGAGGAGUGACUCAGGCGCUGGGUGGCCGUGAUAAGUGGCGCAGCACUCUAACAAAGGCAUUUGAUAUGUGGAAGACAGACUUUGACAAGUCCCUGCAGCGCUCUGAACAGACCGCGGACCCCUACAGCUACGAAAGGAGAAGCGAGGCAAACGUUGUGUUUGAAAGCCGCACAGUCCUGCAUCAUCUGGCGCAUAUGGCCAUGCACGUGGACAUAGUUGACUGCCAAAUCUUUGCACGCGCAAAACGUCUCCUUGGACGCGCGAUUGGGAACCAGGACCUCAGUAGCGCCCAGCGACGAAUGAAAGACAACUGGGCACCGACUGCCAAGGCGAGAGACGCAACCUUUUACGCGCUCAAGUUCCUCGCUUCGGUUUUGCUUGCGGACGAAACAAACUCGGACAUCUCAAAUAGGUACCGAGCCAUGGGCGAGACCUAUGUUGCCAGGGACGAUGUGCUACUCAACCGGCCAUGGGUUCUGUAUUUUGCAGCUCUGGUGGUCUGGUGCUAUGGCUUUGCCCUGGAGGGAUCGUGUCCAAACUCGCCUUCUCCCUCGACAAUGCAAGAGUCAAUUGGUCCCAUGAAAGACUACUUGCGUCGCUUCGGCUCGAUUGAAACACCCGACGACUUGAAAUUGACAAGAGGGGUAAACCACAAUAGUGCUCUUUUAUUCUUUCUCAAGAAUUCGUUUGAGACGAGUCGCUGGGAACUCUUGCAUGAAGGUGCUAUUCUGUUGAACAACUGUAUACAGCUCAACAGUGGUGCCACGAUAGUCUGA